CGCGCGCUCACGUGAGGAGACGCUGACACGGAGGAAGCGCGUGAAAAACGUCCCAUAUGGUUAGGCCUUUGUGAUUACCGCUUGCCGCCUACGUAUUAUCGCUUGACUAGACGACCCUUUCUCAGAACUCCGGUAGUUGCCGCCGAUAGCUUAUGCCGGACGCACUUGUGAUUCUCGACGGCUGUAUUUGACUGCCUCCGGAAGGACAGCUGGAAGGUAGCUAUGGGAGACUUCGAGAAAGAAUGCCCCGUCGGUUACCCGACGCCGCUGGAUGCCAUGACCAAGAGCCCAAGGGAGAAACUACUCUACGUUCCCUGCAUCGUACCAUCCAAAGAUAGGCCAGACUACCUAGCCGUCAUUUCUGUGGAACCGAAAGGCUCAGACUGCUGCAAGGUCAUCUACCGGCUGCCGAUGCCUCACAAAGGCGACGAGCUUCACCAUAUGAACUGGAACACGUGCAGCAGCUGCCUGGGCUGUCCCAACAAGCACAGGGACAAGCUGAUCCUCCCAGCUUUGAACAGCGACCGCGUCUACGUUGUCGACCUCAAGGAUGACCUCAGGAAGCCCAAGCUGAAGAGGGUCCUGGAGCCCGAGGAACUGCACAAGCUAGGCCUUGCCACCCCACAAACGCCGCACUGUCUGGCAAAUGGAAACAUCAUGAUCAGCGCAAUGGGAGACCCCCAAGGCAACGGCAAAGGUGGCUUCUUCAUAUUGGAUGGCGGCACCUUCGAGAUGCUGCCCGCGGUCUACAAAAAUGAGUGCCAAUACGCAGACUUCGGCUACGACUACUGGUACCAACCGAGGCACAACGUGAUGAUCAGCAGCCAAUGGGGUGCCCCGUCCGCCUUCAAGAAGGGAUUCGAUGUCAAAGACAUUGCAGCUGGCAAAUACGGGACGAGUCUGGUCGUCUGGGAUUGGCCCAAGCUGAGCAUCCAGAAGACGAUAGAUCUUGGCAUGGAGGGCCUGAUGCCCCUGGAGGUUCGCUUCCUGCACAAUCCUGCGGCUUCCGAGGGUUUCGUGGGCUGCGCCAUUGGCAGCACGGUCUGGCGCUUCUUCAAAACCGCGGAUGGAUGUUGGGACGCCGAGAAGGUUAUCACUAUUCCCCCGAAAAAAGUGCAAGGUUGGCUCCUGGACGAAAUGCCCGCCGUAAUCACGGACAUCCUGAUUUCCCUGGACGACCGUUUCCUCUACAUCGCUUGUUGGAUCCAUGGCGAUGUCCGCCAGUACGACAUAUCCGACACGAGACACCCCAAGCUCGUCGGGCAGGUGUUCACUGGCGGGUCCAUCUACAAGGGAGGUCCAGUCAAAGUGAUACACGAUGACGAACUUCCGGAGCAGCCCCCGCGUCGCGUCAUCAAGGGCAAGCCCGUACGUGGUUCGGCGCAAAUGCUGCAGCUCAGCCUGGACGGGAAGAGGCUGUACGCCACCACUUCGCUGUACAGCGCCUGGGACAAGCAGUUUUACCCGGAGCUCUACGAGAACGGCGCCAUGAUGCUGCGAAUAGACGUGGACAACAAAGUGGGUGGUUUGACCGUGGACGAGCACUUCCUGGUCGACUUCGGGGAAGAGCCAGAAGGGCCCGUGCUCGCGCAUGAGCUCAGGUUCCCCGGCGGCGACUCCACGUCAGACAUCUGGACCUGAACUUCAUUUUAAAUCGAAUGUGCACCACGCGCAAAUGUUCCGCCGCCUGCAUUUUAAGCAGGCCGCUAAUGGGCAGGAUAUCGAACUAUAGGGAGCGCUUUAUCAAGGUUGAUGUCCCCACAGCCCGGUGUUUACUAACACAGCAUAACAAAGAAAUUGAACCUCGUCAUGCACGGCCUGGAAACGAACGCUUCGCCCUGACCGGUGAUUUGGUCGCACGAGGAGCGGUCUUCAAAUCGUCAUCUUCGAUAUCGUUGAUCAAAAACAAAGAAGAAAAUUUGGUUUGUUGUCCCCACAGCUGAAGCGUGCCGCUAGAGGCAUGACUGUUCAAUCUCCUCCUCCCCCCCCCCCACCCCCCCCCCCCCCCCCAAAAAAAAAAUUCUUGUACGUUUAUUUUAUUUUGUAAUAAAUGUUAUUU